CGCCAGGGUCCUCUGCCCUCUACUCCUUUGCUUAGUUUGCUGAUUCGGUUGCGUAAUCUUAUCGGACAGCCCCGAGAUGUGACGGGUCUUAUAAUUGUCGUUGUGCCAAUCUUUCUCACUAAGCUGGCACUAAAUUCGGCCUUCAGCACAUCUCUGCGUGCUGCUUAUGAUUAG